UACAAGUUGCCAUACUAUUCGCCGUAGUUUGCGGACACGUUUUGCUGUUUCCUUUCGCCGUCGCGCGGUCGAUUAUAGAGCAGCAGCAGCAGCAGUGCGCGCACGGACACACGCACGCACACGCACACGCACACGCACGCACACACACACGGAUCCAAACUGGAGGAUUAUCGAAUUCCUCCUAUGUCCGUAGCGGACGGAUUCGAGCACGACAAAUCCGCAUUCAUGGAGAUUCAGCAUCAGAACUUCGGCAUGCACGGCAUGGCGCAGAGUCCGUAUCCGACUAUCCGGUCGGCGUACCCGGGCCAGCCGACGCAGGCCGACGGCGUCUUCUCCGGCCACCAGCGGCCGAGCCUCGGAUACCCGUUCGGUAUGAACAUGAAUAUGAACAUGAACAUGAGUGGACAUACGUCGUACACGCCGCCUAGUCACCCGUUUACCGUCAAUCCGUACCACCAGAACUCGACGUCGCCCGUCAGAGAGCAAGACAAGGCGGAAGAGCGAGUCAACGGCAAAGGCAAGAAGAUGAGGAAACCACGAACCAUCUACAGCAGUCUACAGCUGCAGCAGCUCAAUCGACGCUUUCAGCGUACGCAGUACCUAGCGCUGCCCGAGCGCGCCGAACUCGCAGCGUCGCUAGGUCUCACGCAAACGCAG